AUGGGUGGAGGCGAUUGCCUGCUCGACCGAUUCCUCCCGUGGUCCGCAGCGCAGAGCGGCCUGGAGCUGAGUGAAGACUUCGCGUACCCAAAUUCGUUUGGCGCGGUGCUGUUCGACCUGGUGAUGAUGUCGGUCGGCCUCCUCUUUCUGGUGCACGGCGACGAGCUCAACGCAACCAUCCUCUUCACGAUUGGUUUUGUGUGCGGAAGCGCAAUCACCUCAGCCGCGAUCUCUGGCAUCCUCGAGGCUUUUGAUGCCAGACUGGACUGCACCUUGCAGGCACUGCCGCCGCUGGUGGUCGGCGUGGCGUGCGGCCUGCGUGUCCGCACGAGCCCAUGGACCGCCUUCUUUCUGCUCGGCCUUUGCGUCGGUGGUGUCGCUGGUUUCUAUGUGUACACGAUUAUCAAGCUCUUCCUCCUCGAGCUCCUCCUGGUCGGCGCAGUGGGUGGCGGCGUGCUGGGGCUGUACCUGCGUGCAAAGAUCAUACCGGCGGCGACUGCGCUCCUCGGAGCCUUCUUCUUCACGCUCGGCUUCACCUACCUCGCCCUAGUCCCGGCCGACUCGCGCUACGCGCGCUGGCUCACGCCGGAAUCCGCCCAGUUUGACCAGUUUACGAUCGUGCCUCUCCUCGUGGCCGCGCUGCUUGUCGCCUCGCGAGAGCUGCUCCGCAAGCUGUGGGCAAAGGCUUCGCCGGCCGUCAGCAGCGCGUACGGCAAGGUCUGCGGCAAGGUCUGCGGGCAGAAGGAGGAGGGGGUGCUGUCCAAGAUUGGCAGCCGCGUGAUGGGCAAGGAGAAGAGUCGAUUGCAAAAGCUGCAAGAAUGCGCUAGCAGCGGCGCCGCUCCGGCUGACGAGGCGACACGGAUUCGGCUCGCGUGCGCUUACAUCGCGGAUGCUUCACACGGCUGGCGCCCAGAGUGCCACGGCGUCGACGUGCGAUCGCUACCGCCUUCGAGCUCUUCCACUCGCGGCCGGUGCAGGCUCUGCGGUACCUCAACGUGCGCGCUGCAUUGGUACGUCGAAAACGCACAAGUCGCACGACUCGAUGUCUCUUUCAAGCAUCUUGUGUUCAUCACGCCGACGCUCAUCGACGCAGCUCCGGUUAUGCCGGAACUUGUCAGGCGCCUUUCUGAAGAGAGUGGCUCCGGCGGAAUUUUCGGCGGGAUCUUUGGCGCCGUAUUGAUUCUCCUCGCAAUUUACGCGGCGAUUUGCUUCUACAAGAAACCUACAGACCUGGCGCACUGCAUGAAGUGCCAAUUUAAACCCUCGGGCGCGGACAACAAGCUCGAGAACUUCCUCCUCACCGUGUUGAGCUGCAACGAGAUGACAGCGGCUUUGCGAGUCAAUGUGCUUUGGAAGUACAUCUUCUCCGAGCCGGCGCGCUGGCUCACCGGCAAGGCCGGCGAGCUCGGCUGGGGGCUCGACGACUCGAGCGAGCUGCUCGACGCCAUCUACGACAUGAUGCAGGCCGUCGCCGCGGACGGCCGCCGGCUGCUCGACCCGGCCUACGACCCCUUCGCCUCCUUCGCGGCCAAGUACCCGGAGUUCGCGGCGUGGCGCACGGCGCACGCGAAGGAGGAGCUCAAGGCGGCGGACGGCACGUCCUACCCGAUCCACGCGAUGGUGCUGGCAGAGGCGCGCGAGCCGACGCGCGCUGGCAACAUCCAAUGCGAGGCACGCGUCAUCACGCUCGCCGAGGAGAUGGCCGAGGCGGCGCUGUUCGCGAUGCGCGACCCGCGGCGCUCGAUCUCGAGCAUGCUCGUGUCGCAGGGGGGCAAGUUCGCCGUCGGCGCUGAUCCGGGCCGCAACGCUGCGACGGCCGGCGCGCACGCGACCAACGACCGCGUCGAGUCGAACUUCGGCUGCCUCGACAUCCUGAUGCGGAUGUGGCGGCACGCGACAGUUGAGUCGGUGUCGGGGAUGGCGCAGCAGAUGCGGAUGCACGACUUCGACCGGCCGCCCAACACCCUACACGACAGACGCAAGCGAAAGCACGCGGCGCAGGCGCACUCGGGGGGCUACUUCUACUCGGGCCUCACCGAGCGGCAGCGCGAGUCGCUCGUCGAGUUCGCGCGACUCGAGGUGGCGAGCGCGCGCGACGCCGGCCGGCAGGCGCUCAAGGCGCAGGCGGCGGAGAAGCUCGAGCGCCGCGAGGAGCGCGUGACCGUGAUGCUCAACAAGGCGGUGGAGCGAUACGCGUACGCCAAGGAGCUCUUUGCGGCGUGGGCCGCGCCGGGCGGGCAGCGAGCUACGUCCGCGCUGCAGGUGGUCAAGGCGCUGCACGACGGGAAGCGGGUGCCGAACUACCCGCACGGCAGGCCUAAGCCGGAGGCGCAGCAGCUCGAGUACCUGCGCUACCAGAUUGAGAUGCGCGUGCUCGGCCUCGGCUGGAGUGAGUACGCGACUCGCUGGUCGUCCGCGGCCGACUCUAGGAUCGGCACCGUCGCGCACCUGACCAAGCUGCUCGAGGAGCUCAUCAAGGAGGAGACGGCGCGCAAGCGCUUUCCUCCGGACAGCGUAUCGGGGCUGCCGACGGAGGCGGCGCCCCCGCAGCUGGCAGCGGGCGGCUCGACGCAGCUUGGCACUCUCGACGCCGACGCGGUGGAGGUGCGGUCUACAACGCGAUUCAACUCGGACGAGCUAAAGCGGAAGGCCGAGGCAGAGGUGGAGCGGCGCAUUGCGGCGGGCAUCUCCGAUGAUACGGAGUGGAGGCAGCCCGAGGAGGCUCCCGCCUUCGACUCGGCGCUUGUCGGCAAGCGGCUCGAGGACACGAACCAGCCGCACAUGAUCUGGUCGACGGGGCGCGUCGUCCGGGUCGCCGACGGGCUCUCUGACAAGAGGUCGAAGCGUGCGAGGUCGGUCUUGCCGGCCGGCGCUGUGCUCUGGGCUUGGGACGCGGACCCGGAGUUCGACGAGGCAGCGGGCGAGCAAUGGCUGUUCCUGCUGCCAAAGAAGUGGAACCCAAAGACGCACAAGCAGGUGUACAGCUGGCGGUAUGACCCUCGCGAGCUCGGCGCCGUGGAGGCGCCCACGGCCGACCCUCGGCGCCGCCAGUGCCGCCGGGACACGGAGCAGUGA